GAGCGGGAUGCUGACAGACUGCUGAUAGAUGGUUAAAAAUGGCGAAAUCUCGUUCGACCCCUGCGAGCCACCACCUCAAUGUUGCACUGUAGGUCGGAACAUGUAGUAUCUGAAGCUGGACGUCUGCGCUCCUUUCGCUCUUUUUUUUUUUGACCCGUGUUUGUUCAUCUCACGUUGUUCUCUGCGAGUGCUGGAAUAUCUUCCGUGUUUAAAUGGCAUCCACAAGGCGCCGCCGCCUUCUGUGCUUUUUGGGAAUACUCCUGAACGCUUUAAUCGGUGUGAUGUGUGAGGCAGAGCUGUCCUUCACCUUGGAACCCAGUGACAUUAUCGCUGUGCAGGAGCAGCCUCUCAUGCUCCACUGCCAGGUGGAUGGCAUCCCCCCGAUUACGACACAGUGGAGGCGUAAUGGCCUACUUUUAACUCAGGACCAGCAUCAUACCACCUUCAUCAAUGGCUCGCUGCUGAUCGCACACUUCCAGAAGACCAAAUCUGACGGCUCCUCUGAUGAGGGCGACUACGAGUGCAUCGCCCAGAAUUCCUUUGGGUUGGUGGUGAGCCGUAAGGCACGCAUUCAGGCAGCCACCAUGGCAGAUUUCCACGUCCAACCCGAGUCGGUGCACGCUGAGGAGUCCGGCGUGGCCAGAUUCCAGUGCCAGAUUCACGGCCUGCCAGAGCCGGUCAUCAGCUGGGAAAAAGACAGCCGUCCAGUGGACACCAGUAAUGAGAGGUACACUCUCCUGCCCACAGGCGUUCUCCAGAUCACAGGAGUGCGUGAGGAGGACAGUGGAAGGUUCUGCUGUGUGGCUCAUAACAGUGCAGGAGUGAAACACAGUGCUGAGGCACUCCUAACAGUUUCAGGCUCUCAGUCAUCUGUUUACAAAGAACCUGUGAUCGUGGUCGGUCCAGAAAACCUAACCCUCACUGUUCACCAAACGGCUAUCUUGGAGUGUGUUGCCACUGGAUACCCUCGGCCCAUUGUGUCAUGGAGCAGACUAGAUGGCCGUCCCAUCGGGGUGGAGGGAAUCCAGGUGCUCGGCACAGGAAACCUGAUGAUCUCAGAUGUUGGUGUGGAGCACUCCGGGGUCUACGUAUGUGCCGCUAACAAACCAGGGACCCGUGUGCGCAGGACUGCUCAAGGACGUCUGGUGGUCCAAGCUCCAGCAGAAUUCGUUCAGCCUCCACAGUCCAUCGCCCGGCCCGUCGGCACCACCGCUAUCUUCACCUGUCAAGCGCGGGGCGAGCCUGAGCCGCAGCUCACCUGGCUGAAGAACGGGCAGAUUCUGGAGCCCGGGGGGCACGUCAAACUCAGAAACAACAACAGCACACUGACAAUAUAUGGCAUCAGUCAGGAUGACGAGGCUAUCUACCAGUGCAUCGCUGAGAACAGCGCGGGCUCUACGCAGGCCAGUGCCCGCCUCACGGUGCUCUGGGCUGAUGGACUGCCUGGCAUUCCCACCCACGUGGAAGCAGAGGCCCUCUCCCCCACUACCAUACAGGUGUCCUGGAGGGAACCCGAUAAAAACACUCAGGACAUCAUCGGUUACGUGCUCCACAUCCGCCGGACCUCAGACCCGGCGGAGAUGGAAUACGAGGAGGCUGUCAGUAAGGUCACGCUGCAGCAGAUCAUCCGGGACCUGGAGCCCUCCACCAAUUAUACCUUCUAUGUGAAGGCCUACACAUCCCAUGGGGCCAGCAAACCUUCGGACAGUGUCACAGAGAGCACUCACGGAGAGGUGCCAGCCCCUCCUUCCCUCUACACAAAGGUGGUGAACGGUAGUGUUGUACAAGCAACAUGGGAGUCUUCCUCCAAGAUGGGCCAGCCGCAGGGCUUCAGACUGUAUUACAGGAGAGCGCACACACCACUGUUCACUGGGCCCAUCGCCUUCCCUCGCAACGUCACCCAGUACAACAUCACUCAUCUGGAUUCCUCACUGGUCUAUGAGAUAAAGUUGAUUGCUCACAACCAGCAUGGAGACGGGAAUGCCACCAUACGAUUUGUUUCACUUCGGGAGGCAGUGGCCAAAUCAGUGUUGGACGGCCCGUGCGACUGUGUGAAAGAUGAGCAGGGCAAAACAUCCACCACGGGCAUCAUAAUCGGCAUUCACAUCGGCAUUACCUGCAUCAUCUUCUGCGUGCUUUUCCUCGUCUUCAGCUACCGUGGCAGAUUAAUGAUGUGUAAGACAGUUCAGGCCACCCCCCAGGCUGGGAACGGCGCUGCUGUGGACUCUUCUUCGUCUUCCCAGGGAGCCUCUGGGCUUAACGGGGCUGCCAGAAGAGAGAUGGAGGUCAAUGGCAGCGCGGCGAGGAAGAAAGUGGUUGACAGCAAUGAGCUCGAGAGCCUUUUCAUGCAGCCAAACACAAGAGAUAUGUGCUUGUCUGAUUCCUACAUGCUGAAUAACACCCAGCUGUCUACGAUACCGCUGGAUGAGUUUGCUGUGGAGAGGGAAACCCAAUUCCGAGAGACUCCUGCAGCAGGAGCAGCUCAGCAGGACCAAGGCUAAUAAUGUAUGAAGGCCAAUUCACACGACACUGUCCAGUGUCCACGCAGACUUUUCUCUCACUCAGGUUGACAGAUUGUUGUUGUUUUUUCAAAGUCGUCAUUCCUUUUGUGCAAAGACUUUUUUUUUUUAUAAAGGAGUUCUGGAGGAUCUAGGACUGUAUAUCUGAAGCCCGAUGAAUUUUUAGUUUUUGUUUUGGUCUUUGGUUAAUUUCCUGGUGUUGGGCAGCACAGAAGACAGAGGCCCCAGAAUGUCCUUGUUAUA